UGACGGGUGGAAGGAGACGGCUAGUGGGAGACAGAAGCAUCUAACAUUUAUAGUUGGAAAUAAAGACAAAUUUACUGGGUAUUUGAGGACGACAGGGAAAAUACUAAUAUCAUGUGGUCCCGAGAAUAAGAGGCCUUGUGAGACAGAACCACGGAGGACCAGACAAGACAGGGAAGGAGUGCGGAUUAUUUCAGUGUUUGUGUAGAAGGUGAUUGAAAAUGGAGAGUAAGGAUAAAGACCAUAUUCUCAGUCUAAAAGUUAUGCGGUUGACUCGACCCUCGCUAUUUACUGGUCUAGCCAUUGGCUGUGAUGCUCGUGAUUUGCCAGGUGAAUAUCUCAAUGCAGAUAUUCGUGCUGACAUAGCCAUUCCCCAGGGGCUUUCAAACACAGGGGUGGGACACAUGCUCCUGUUGCCCCAGAGCUUUGGAAACAUUUACCUGGGCGAGACAUUCUCGUGUUGUCUCUGUGUCCACAAUGAUGGGAGUGAUAGUAUUCGAGAAGUUUCAAUUAAGGCUGUCCUGCAGAUGAGUAACCAGCGUGUGCCAUUAUUAGGAGAAGACGACAAUGAGAUGUUACAUCAGUUAGAAGGAAAUGGAACCAUUAAUGAGGUCAUUCAGCAUGAAGUUAAGGACAUUGGCACACACAUCCUGGUUUGUGCUGUAAGUUAUUUGUCAUCUUCUGGAGAUCGUCUCAGCUUUCGUAAGUUCUUCAAGUUCCAAGUUAUGAAGCCUCUGGAUGUGAAAACCAAGUUUUAUAAUGCAGAGUUGGCACACAACAAGACCCAGUCAGAUGAGGUUUAUUUGGAGGCAGGAGUCCAGAACAUUACAUCAGGACCGCUGUGCUUGGAGAAAGUAGAGCUUGAACCUUCACCAUACUUUUCAGUUACCCCCAUGAAUAAGGUUUCACAAGAAUCAAAUACAUUGGUGUUUGGAAGAAUGAAUGUAGUUAACCCCCAUGACACCAGACAAUACUUGUAUUGUCUAAAACCCAAACCAGAGGCACGUAGCAAUCCUGCAGCUCUACGGCAAGCCACUGCUAUAGGGAAACUUGAUAUUGUGUGGCGGACAAACAUGGGUGAUCGUGGUCGCCUUCAAACUAGCCAGCUGCAGAGAAUGGCACCACAGUAUGGAGAUGUAAGAGUGACGGUUGAACGGAUUCCCAGUGUGGUGCGUUUGGAAGAACAAUUUGAAGUUGGCUUAUCCAUCACUAAUAUAUGUGAACGAACUUUAGAGUUGCACCUUGAUUUCCUGGGAGGUGGUGGUGGUUCAGAAUGGAGUGGGGUUAGCAGCCGCAGUUUACCUUCCCUUCAGCCUGGACAGUCUACAAAUCUCUCUCUGUCUUUAGUACCACUACAGACUGGUUUACAGACUAUAGCUGGUGUACGUCUGACUGACACAUUCCUCAAACGAACUUACAAUUAUGAAAAUUUAGCACAGGUGUUUAUAACUAAUGAAAAGUCUGUAGAGCACGAGUCAUUCUUUUCUGCUUGGGUGAACCAAGUUGCUUAAUUACUGCUCUUUUUUAAGUAAAAUUGUGCAUACUGUCUGUACAUAAUGUUUAUUAUUGAAACAAAAAUUAUGGCUUACAGGUAGAAUGCCAAGUAGCCAAUGAAAAAGACCCUUUGGUAGAAUAAUCCCUUAACAUUGUCUGGCAGGUUAUGCUGUCCUUAAAGAUCAGCACAAAUUGCUGAAGACUAGGGCUCUUAUGGAGUGUCAGGGUUAACUAAGCAUAAUAUUCAACCCCAGCUUGGUGAUCGCUUUGGAAGCCAGUGAACCAACAAGUCACCAGGCCUGAAGCUUUAGUCUAAUUUAUGUUCAUCUUGAAAUUCCAGUCAGCCAUAAAAAGGGACUGCAAGCUCCUGACUUUCACAUUUUAUCUGCCAUAAGUAUGCUGUUAAUACUUGUUGCCUGCUCUACUGUGUUACUUAAGGGUUAUUCCAAGGAUUAGUGGUACUUUCCCUCAUUCACUGUUUGUUGGUAUAAGUAUAGCCCCUCAAAUUUGGGACCAAGACCAAACUGAUUUUGAAGAUUUUCUGGUGAUUAUGCUUUUGUCUUGUAUGGCUUUAUUGGAUGCCUGAGUUAUAGGAUUGACCUAUUCCAAGUUUCAUGUGUAAAGUGCAGUCUAGAAAGCAAUUGUACAGGCUCUAGGUGAGUUAUAAUUUGUUAACUAGUGCUUUCAAAUGAUGGAAUUAAUGUUGAGAUAAAAAAGGUGUACCUGUAUGUUUUGGGUCAGGAUUCCUGUAUCCUAUAUUCCUUACAUGGAAGUGGCACAACUCUUCUCAAUAAUUGUCUUCCAUCUUACACUUAUGGCUUUGUAAAGGAGAUAAAGUCACUGCAAACACAUACCAGUAGCAACUAACAAUAACAAAAAAUACAGGUUAUUAAUCGGUAAAAAUAUGCCUCAGUUACUACAAAAUAUUUGUUCUCCCACAUUCAUGCUAACACAGAAAAUGGGAAGUAAAAAACAGCAGUAGUUCAACAGUAUUCUUUCUUGUGUAUAUACUGUAUAUAUAUAUAUAUCUCCCUCAGUUGAGUUAAAUUACAUAUUAAGACAAUUUAUC